GGGUUUGUCGCUCUAUUUACACAAAUUACAGUGUAGUUGCUAUUCACUCUUCGCGCAUGAGCUGGAUGAAAAAUCCAAUUCUUCUUUCUUUCAGAUGGUAGAUCUACGUGUACACGGAGAUCUUUGCUGGUUCAAUGGACGCUUUGCUCUGGAUGACAGUCGCCAGUCAGUCAAGUAUCAAGGUGUGGGAAGCGAAGACCGUAUGGCCGUACCGUUCUUAAAAAAUCAUCCCCGACAUCGCUAUUCGUCGUGAAUGUUGGAAAGGAUAUUUUGCCGUAGUACGAGCACUGUGGUGUAGCGGUGGGUACUCGGUCGAACGGCAUUCGGCAUUCCGUAGCGGACGUGGACGGAUUUUGGCACGGAGUCACAGCUCGACGACCACUAACCUGUGUACAUAAUCAUUGCUGUCUUGCCGGCCAAUGGGUUUGCCUUCGACAACAUUCUGUUCCGAGCGCUCGUUCUAUGCAGAGAGACCGGGACAAAGCCGCGCAAUUAUCCCCAGUGAACUCCUUUGAGCAAAUGUGUAUCAACUUCACGAACGAGAAGCUGCAGCAGCUUUUCAACCAUACCAUGUUCAUUCUGGAACAGGAAGAGUACCGUUUGGAGGGUAUCGAGUGGAACUUCAUUGACUUUGGAUUGGAUCUGCAGCCUUGCAUUGAUCUCAUUGAGAAGCCAAUGGAAGUGCUAUCCCUGCUGGACGAGGAAUGAUGGUUCCCAAAAGCCACUGACAGGACGUUUGUCGAGAAGCUUCUACAGAAGCAGAAGAAGCACGACAAGAUGUCGAAGCCAGAUUUCCGCAGCAAGGCUGACUUCACCGUGAAUCAUUACGCUGGCAAAGUGCAAUACGUGGCUGAGAGCUGGCUGACCAAGAACAUGGAUCCACUCAAUGACAAUAUCGUGUCCCUACUGCAGAACUGUGCUGAUCCAUUCUGUGCCAACCUAUGGAAGGACACCUGCGGCGUGUACACGGCCUCGCAAGGCAUGUUCUGCACUGUCGGACAGCUCUACAAGGAACAACUCCAGCGCCUAAUGGAGACACUUCGAAACACCAAUCCUAACUUUGUGCGCUGUAUCAUUCCCAAUCACGAGAAGAAGUCCGGCAAGAUCGUGCCGCCGUUGAUCCUGGAGCAGCUGCGAUGCAACGGAGUGCUGGAGGACAUACGUAUCUGCCGCCAGGGCUUCCCUAGUCGUGUCCCGUUCCAGGAGUUCCGUUAGCGUUACGAGCUGCUCACGCCCAACCUGAUACUGAAGGGCUUGAUGGACGGACGCCGGUCGGCUGUGAUGAUGCUGGAAGCACUGGAGCUGCUCAAGGAUCAGUGCCGCGUGGGUAACAGCAAGGUGUUCUUCCGCGCCGGUGUGCUAGCCAAGCUGGAGGAGGACAGGGAAAACAAGCUUAGUACCAUCCUCACUGCCAUGCAGGCACGCAUCAGAGGAACUCUCAGCCGCAUUAACUAUCAGAAGUUAGUACAGCAGAGUAAGGGUAUUCACGUUGUGCAGAGGAACUGCAGAGCCUACCUCAUUCUGCGUCGCUGGCCAUGGUGGAGACUGUACACUAAGGUGAAGCCAUUGCUGAAUGUGACUCAUCAGGACGACGAGCUCCGCGCCAUCGAGGUCGAGCUGAAGACGGUCAAUGACAAACUGGCCCGGAGCGACCGGGACGUGGACAAUCUGCGUAACUUAGUGGAUACACUGACAAUGGAGAAGAGCAAACUCAAUGAACAACUCACCUCUGAACAGGACAUGCUUAACGAAGCUGAAGAGCUUCAAAAGGAGCGUAAGCAACUGGAAGAGCGGGUCAAGGAGACCACACAGGCGUUGGAUGACGAGAGUGAUCGCGUCAAGACCCUGGCCAAGUCCAAGGCUAGGAAUGAGACCAUGAUAGCUGACCUGGAGAGUCGCUUGGGCACCGAAGAAAAGAACCGCAAAGAGUUGGAGAAGCAGAAGAAGAAGGUGGAUGCUGAAGCACGUGAGCUGCAGGAGAAGCUGUUUGCAGAGCUGAUGAAGAUCCAAGAACUGGAGUCCACUGUUGCUCGCCUUGAAGGAGAGCUAUCCUCCACAAACCAGCGGCUUGAAGAGGAGAGUGCCGCCAAGGCGCAGCUGGAAAAGAAGCAUCGUGAGCUAGAAGGUCAGAUCGCCGACUUGAACGAAGAUUUGGACAUGGAACGUCCCGCCAGAGGAGACGCUGAUAAGAAGAGCAAGCAGCUGGAAUCGGCCAAUUCCAACCUGGAGAAGGAGAAGAAUCGCCUAGUGCAUGAGAACCGUGACCUGGUGUCCGAGCUGGAGAGCGAGAAGGCGGCUCGCAUUGAGUCCGACCGUCGUCGUCGUAACCUGGAACAGGCUAACAUGGAGUUGUCCAACGUCAACAGUGAGAAGAACAGGAAACUGGACGAGCUCACUGCCACAAAGACCAAACUACAGUCUGACCUUGAAGGUAGCAAUGCUCACUUGGUGGAUCUGGAGUCUAAGGUGUCUAGCCUGGAGCGCGGCAAGCAUGCGCUGGAAUCCCAGCUCAAUGAGCUCAGGGAGUCAACGAUGGAAGAUGCAGCUAGUCUCUCUGCUGUCACACACAAGCUAAAGGCCUCACAGGCUGAAGUAGUAACUCUCAAUGAUCAGCUGGAGGAGGAGCAAAAUGCCCGCGAAGAGAUGCAGAAGCAGUUGAGCAAUGCCAACAGUCAGCUUGCUGAUACACGUCGGGAUCGUGACCAACUAUCCCUGGACAACGAGGAGCUGGAGAACUACCGCAAGAAGUCGCAGAGAGAAAUGGAGUCUCUGCAGACGCAGCAGGACGAACUGGCCAACGCCAACGCCAAGCUGGAGAAGACCAAGAAACGACUAACGGAAGAAGUUGCCGACCUCAGUGUGAACUUUGAAGCCCAGGCAGCCCGCGCCGCAGAGCUGGAGAAGAAACAGCGCAAGUUUGACCAGACGCUGACGGAUGAGCGGGCCAGAACGGAAGAGACUUGUGAGCAGAGGGACGCCGCGCUGCGUGAGUCCAGAGAGUAUGCUACAAAGAACAUGGCAUUAACACAAGACGUGGAGAUGUUGACCAAUAAGCUGGCUGAGUCUGAGCGCUCACGCAAGUCACUGCUUGCUGAGCUCAAUGAUCAACUGGAGAACAAGGAUGACACUGGUAAAUUACUUCAUGAACUGGAGAAGGCCAAGCGUAACUUGGAAGCACAGCUUGAUGACCAGACGAUGCAACUGGAGGAGCUAGAGGAUGAGCUCCAGAGUGUGGAGGAUGCUAAGCUCAGACUGGAGGUCAACUUCCAGGCCACCAAGACCAACUGGGAGCGCGAGAUGGCGUCUAAGGAUGAAGUUGUGGAGGAGCAGCGCCGUGGAAUGCAGAAGCAGCUGCGUGAACUUGAGUCGGACUUGGAGGACGAACGCCGCAAUCGAUCAUCUGAUGUCGCCGCCAAGAAGAAGCUGGAAGGCGAGAUGAGAGAACUGGAGAAUGACAAGCUGCAGUUGGAGAAGGGCAAGGAGGAUGCAUCUAAACAAGUUAGACGACUUCAGGCUCAAAUGAAGGAGGUCUAUCACGAGCUGGAGGAGUCCCGUACCGGCCGCGAUGCAGCACUGCAGCUGUCCCGUGAAGCUGAGAAGAAACUCAAGGUUCUAGAGUCGGAUGUCACACGCCUUACUGAGGAACUGAUGUCGGCCGAUAGAGCCCGACGUAACGCCGAGGCAGAGCGUGAUGAGCUGUACGACGAGGCACGCGGUAACAGUCCACGCCUGCAGUCGCUGAGCGAGGAGAAGAGAAAGCUAGAGCAGGCUAUUGUGCAACUGGAGGAAGAUUUGGAGGAAGAACAAGCCAACACAGAAAUGUACAUGGAGAAGUCCAGGAAGUCACAGUCUCUGCUUGAAUGGAGAUGCACAGUAACGCAACUCUGGACAGACAGACCAAGGAUCUCAAGUCGAAAUUGGAAUCUGCGUAGAAUGAGCGUGGCUCACGUCUGAAGGGUCAAGUGCGCUCACUAGAGAUGAAGAUCUCCACACUGGAGGAGCAGAUAGAAGUAGAAUCGCGCAAAAGGCAUAGCCUGCAGAAGACAAACCGUCGCUUGGAUCGCAAGAACAAGGACCUGAUUGGUCAGGUGGAGGAGGAGCGUCGGCGUGGCGAUCAGCUUCAUGAGCAC